AUGGAGCGCAUAGCACAGCAAUAUCGUAGUGGCAAAAGAGACAAUAACGGCAAUAGGAUGGCCUCUUCUGCUAUAUCGGAAAAGGGCCACAUACAAAUCAAUCAAGCUAGAACGCCUGGUCAAAUGCCCGUAUAUAGAGGUGAAACUAUAAACCUGUCUAAUCUUCCGCAAAACCCCAUUAAACCGUGCAAAGAUCUGGACGACGUUAACAUACGGCGCAACAACUCUAACAGGCAUUCUAAAAUACUGCUCGUGGAUGUAUGCGCUGGCCCUAGCACCAACUCAUUUCCAGAUAAUACAAAUGCCAAGGAUAUCACAGUUUUAUCGUUGCCACUACCCAGCACAUUAGUGAAAAGGUCAAACUAUCCAUUCGAGAACUUACUGAAGAAUUACCUUGGCUCUGAUGAGAAGUAUGUUGAGUUUACUAAGAUCAUCAAGGAGUAUGACGUUUUCAUUUUCAGUGAUUCGUUCAGCAAAAUUUCAAGUUGUUUGAAGACAACUUUUUGCCUCAUUGAGAAGUUCAAAAAGUUCAUAUGCCAUUUUUUUCCAUCUCCUUACUUGGAAUUCUUUCUUUUCGAAGGCUCUCUGAAUGAUAGUAAGGCUUCCUCCAUAGAAAAAAAUAAGAAAAACUGCAUCAUGCCUAAAUUGGAUUUGAACUUAGACGCAAACUUAACUUCAAGAUCAACUUUAAAUUUGAGGAUAAAUAUACCUCCACCUAAUGAUUCAAAUAAAAUCUUUUUACAGUCCCUGAAAAAGGACCUCAUUCAUUAUUCACCAAAUUCUUUGCAGAAAUUUUUCCAGUUCAACAUACCUGCUGACUUAGCAUCUAACGACACGAUUUUACCGAACUGGCUAAAAUUCUGCUCCAUAAAAGAAAAUGAAAAGGUGAUUUUAAAGAAACUUUUUGACAAUUUUGAAAUUUUAGAAAACUUUGAAAUGCAAAGGUUGGAGAAAUGUUUAAAAUUUAAGAAAAUGUCUUCUUUACAUCAAAAGCAGCAAUCGCAACAGCAGAGGGUAUCGCAAUCUACGGAUAAUUCGAAAUUAUAUUCUUUAACUAGUUUACAAAGACAAUAUAAAACCUCAGUGAAAGGCAAGGUACAGAACAAUCAAAAGCUAAAGUUAACUAUACCCAAAAACAACACAUCCUCUUCGCCCUCACCUCUGUCCUCCGAUGACACUAUAAUGACACCAAUAAAUGAUUACGAACUUACAGAGGGAAUUCAAUCUUUUACCAAGAACAGAUACUCUAAUAUCUUACCUUAUGAACAUUCGAGGGUUAAAUUACCUCAUUCUCCCAAACUACCUGCAGCUUCUGAAGCAUCUACAGCGGAAACAAAAACCGAUAGGCCGUAUCCAGUAUGUCCUUUAGACACAAAAAACCAUUCCUGCAAAAUUAACGACUACAUCAACGCAAACUAUUUGAAACUUUCACAGAUUAAUCCUGAUUUCAAAUAUAUCGCCACUCAAGCCCCGCUUCCUUCGACUAUGGAUGAUUUCUGGAAAGUUAUCACUUUGAACCACGUCAAAAUAAUAAUAUCGUUGAAUUCUGACGAUGAACUGAAUUUAAGAAAAUGGGACAUUUAUUGGAAUAAUUCAUCAUAUUCCAACCAUACUAUCAAGCUUCAAAAUACCUGGGAGGACAUUUGCAAUAUUAAUGGUUGUGUUCUUAGAGUCUUUCAAGUCACAAAAAUUGCUCCCAAAAAUGAUAGUAUCAAGCAGGAUUGUGGCUCCUCGCAUACUGGCGACCUUAUCUCCACUACUAUGACUACAUCAAAGCCGUUCAUUGUUUAUCAAUUACAGUAUAAGAAUUGGUUGGACUCUUGUGGCGUAGAUAUCAACGACAUCAUUAAAGUACACAAGAUCAAAAAUUCACUAUUGUUCAAUCCACAGAGUUUUAUUGCAAGUCUCAAAAAGGACGUUUGCAAGCCUGACUUGGUAGAUGAUAAAAAUAGUGAUUUACAUCUCGAUACGGCAAAUUCAUCACCACUAUUAGUCCAUUGUUCUGCAGGAUGUGGAAGAACUGGUGUAUUUGUUACAUUGGAUUUCCUACUAAGUAUUCUUUCAUCUACAACAAAUCACUCAAACAAGAUUGAUGUUUGGAAUAUGACUCAGGACCUUAUAUUUAUCAUAGUGAAUGAGUUAAGAAAGCAAAGGAUUUCAAUGGUACAGAAUCUAACUCAAUAUAUCGCUUGUUAUGAGGCAUUGCUAAAUUAUUUUGCAUUGCAAAAGCAGAUUAAAAAUGAGUUUCCUUGUUGA